GCGGAUAAUCCCGCGAGUUUUUUUUUCGCGCGGUGACAAAAGAAAAGGGGGGGUCCCGAUUCGAGUGUGUAUAUCGCGAUCUAUCGCGCCGCGAGCGUUUCCCGCUCGAUCGCGCGCGCAUUGCACCCUCGCGACCUUCCCGACCCUUCGAUCAUUUCUUCACGUCGUCAUCGUCAUCAUCGCUUAACGCAGUGGAAGGAUAUCUAGUGAUUGAGAGUGCGCGAUCGCGAGAAGAACCACGCUCGUCGUCGUCGGGUCAAUCACGAAACGCUUUUCAUUUUUCUCCGUUCACAUUUUUCCCGCGCAUCUCGCGGGAUUUUCCCCGGUGACAUCAAAGAGACCACCGUUCUCCAUCGGGAUUUCGUUACGUCGAAGCUGUAAUCUAGGAUGAGCUCGCAUACGGAUCAUUGGGAAUACCAUCGGCAAAUGAAACGCACGGCUGAAUAAUGCACUGUGAAGCGGUAAUCUCGCGCUAUCAUUGUUAUGACGUAGCCGGAGAGGAAGGAUGCAGCACGGCAAAGGGGGAUAGAAGACACGGAACGCUUGAAAAGGUGCAUGUACAGACUGACGUCUUGCCUUUGCACCGUAAAGACGCACGGCUACAAUAAGAAGCAGAAGUGGAGACGGACACGUGUGCGGAAGGAUACGCGGUCCACAUCCGGCCCGCCAUCCUGGCGGCAUGGUCCUUUGGGCCACUAUACUAAUCCUCCAAGGAGCUGGAUUUGUAGGCUCGGUGACAGGCAUUCCCGGCGUCCCGGAAAACAUAACGGUGAUGUUCCUGAACCCGACGUCUGUGCGCGUGUCUUGGAGCACCAGCCAGGUCGAGCAGGUCGAGAAAUACGACGUCACGUACAAGCCAACCGACGCCAGGGUGGUGGCGGUGGUCGCGGGAAAUAGCGAAGCGGUCACCCUGAGCGGCCUUCGGGCUGACACGCAAUAUCAGCUGGUCGUAACCGCCGUGAGGGCCGGAAAGAAGUUUCGAAGCCGACCGAUCGUCUUCCGUACACUCGGUAAGCUUUGCCUUCCUAAGCCUUACCCUCCGGCAUCACGGUCACAUGUGACAGAGCCACCACGCACGUCCCCGCAGCAAGAUGCAGCGGUAACCGGUGGUCCUCUUCCUCCGCCACCACCGUCCUCGCAACAGCCUCAACCGUAUAUACAAAUCCGCGGCGUCGAGGUGGGCAUUGUAGUGUUAGUGCUGAUAGUCUGGGCGGGCGCGAUAGCCUUGUUCUUCAAUCGCUGGGGCAAGAUACGCAUGCUGCUGCCGUACCAGCCCGACUACAAGGAACAGCUCAAGGUUCCCGGCACCGGCGUGUGCGCGGCCGCGAACUCCGCGUACACGCAGCACCCGACGCAGCACGCGUGCUCUCAGCAUCUGCACUGGUCGAGCCAUCACGUGGACUCCUUAGACAGCGGCGGAGCUUUAGGCUGGCCGAGAACCUCGAGGCCGCGCGUCAACAGUGCCAUCGACGUGGCCGGCUUCCUAUCGCAGGAAUUUCUGCGACGCCACGGGUCCACGUCCAAAUUGUGUCGCAAGGUUCGCAGUGCAGAUAACUUGCCUCUCGCGUCGUCGAAUCCGCGGAGGGGCUCGAAGGACGAGAGCACCGAGGGCGACCGGGAGUCCUUCCUGAAGCCAAUUCAGGACGACAAGUCCGAGGAUCAGGACUCAAGGCGGCAGAGCAGCCUCGACAGCGCAACGAACAAUACGGAAACGUUGUUGGACCCCGGUCAUCAGCAGUCUUCUUCAAGGGACUCCCCUGUGCCAUCUUCGUCGUUGAUGACCAAACGUUUCGGGGGAUGGCGCACCGGCGGAAGCCACGAGUACGUCAGAUGCCCCGUGCGACAGCCUGCUUCCAUGGACGAGCGGUGUUAUCGGCGAUUGUACGAGUCCGAGGCCACUCGUCCGCCACGGCAUCAUCACCAUCACCGACGCACGGACGUCGAGCGGCACACGAAGAGCUGCGAGUACGCGAGACGGGCGACCACGGAGUCGAGCAUCGAGGUCCAGCACUUCGGCCUGCCGAUCCUGAGCGUGAGCGAGCCGAGCCCGCCGGACGAGAGCGAGCGCGUCGACGACUACUUGUAGGAUUUGCUUGCCGAGGACUUCCUCAAGGAGCUCCUCGUGUGAUCCGCCCGGCCGAUCCUGCGAUCCCGCGGCGGCACGGCGGUCUCGCAGCCCUUAGUCUUCACGAACCGUCGCGGGACCACCCUCCCGCGAAUCGGGACUCCUUACGUUUUACUCACCCGUGACCAACGGCGCCGUCCUGUCGCGCGUUGCGACUUCCCGAGGAGAUGGCGAUCGGUAUCCGAGUAAGUCGACGUAAGAUCGGUAUUCAUGUAAGUUGCGAGUUUUUUGGUUACUCCUCCGCGCGGUUUUUAGUUAUAAUACAAGUAACAAAUAUAUUUAUAACCUCUGGACUCUUCUGUAGUCUAUAUAAGGAAGUUGGCGCUUCAUUUCGUCGAAGCUCAUUCUCAUUAAUGAACGAGAGAACUUUGAAUGUGCCCAAACGUUUUCUAGAGAACAGACUGCUUUGCUUUAUUUUCAAUUAUUGCUUCAGUCACUUUGUUUUAAUCCAACUUCUUUUCAACUUUAUUAUUAUUUUGGAAGUUCUUUGGUUACUCUGGUUACUCUGAUUAUUCUGGUUUCUUUGUCUAUAUUAACAUCGGUUAAAGUGGGUACCACAGCUUUGAAUUGUAUUUUAAAUCAUACUUUGGACUGCUUUGUAUUACAUAUCCCGAAUAUUUGUUUAAUUUCUUCAAUCUUCU